GGAAAUUUACAUGACUGUCCUAUAGUGACAGUGACAUGAGGAACGUUCCAAGAGGUAGGCUACACGCGGAACUUAAAGGCUAAUCAUCGCGGUAGAGACGUGAGCGGCAAGGCGCUCUGCGUUUGUCUCGAAUUGUAUUGAUAGGCUAUAGUGGUCACCCACUGCCUGACAUUUAAAAAGUGAAGUUGACAUCCAUAGUCGCGCAGAUGGAGCACCUAUCGAGGUUCGUAGGUCAGAUGUCCUUGGCAGAUGACAGCAGAACGCAGGGCAACAUCUCAUCUGAGUAUAUUAACAUUCGUGCUCAGACUUCUAUCGUCAAGAAAGAUUUUGGCCUUACGACGAUAGCGGGGGCACUGAUGGAGAAUGUAAAGAAGAACCGUUACAGAGACAUUUUACCAUAUGACCAAACCCGUGUGCCCCUGACUCUACUGACAAAUGAGAAUGAUUUUGACUAUAUCAAUGCCAGCUUCAUUAAGGGUGCAACAAAGACCAAAAAAUACAUAGCGACCCAAGGGCCUCUGAGACACACUUUGGUGGACUUCUGGCGAAUGAUUUGGCAGUAUGAUGUAAAGGUCAUAAUCAUGGCUUGCAGAGAAAUUGAAAUGGGAAAAAAAAAGUGUGAGCGCUACUGGACUACUUUCAAAGAAACAACCCAUUUUGGUCCCUUUAUUGUGUCAAACUUUGAGGAAUCCAGCCCAAAUGAGGAAGUAGUUUUCCGCACUCUGACAGUGAGAUAUCAUGAGGAAACACGGAAAAUCUCUCAAUUCCAAUACACAGCUUGGCCUGAUCAUGACGUUCCAUACACAGUUUCUGGUAUUUUAGGAAUGAUGGAUAUGGCUCGCAAAGACCAGGAAAACAACGCUAGCCCUGUUCUCAUCCACUGCAGUGCUGGUUGUGGAAGAACAGGGGUGAUUUGUGCCCUGGAUUAUGUUCACGAUCUUCUUGUGACAAAGCAAAUUAAAGAAGAUUUCAGUAUCAUGAAGAUUGUAGUGGAACUAAGGAGACAGAGGCCAUCAGCAGUUCAGACAAAGGAACAGUAUCAGUUUGUGUUUUCUGCCGUGGCUUACAUGUUUGAGAAGGCUUUACGGUCAGCUGAGAACAACUCCCAGAAUCUCACCAAGUCUUUAUUUAAAUAAAUAUAAUGAUGAGCACGCAACCCGCUGCGCCUUGGUCCUCUCUACCCGAAGACAGCUGUUACAGAACUACCCACCAAAAAUGGACCAAGCAGCGGAGAAAGAAGCAAAGGGAAUUACGGAUGGACUAUAGGGAGCAACACCUGGAGUGGAGGAAGCAACGCGCUCGGGAGGAGAUGGCAUUCUGGUCGCUGGAGGUGAUGGAGUCAAGAAUUGACUGGACAUGGGAACAAUUAUUGGACCACUGUGAUAACCUGCCUGGGAGGCAGGUAGAGGACGAAAGGCAGCCCCAAUAAUUGUUUUGGGGGGGGGCACACGGGUAGUUUGGCUGGGCGAGGAUUAAGUCCCAAGCCAAAUCCUCGUGUUUUUUCCAAACGACCAUUGACUGGACAGGUCCCGUGCUUUGGGGUGAUGGGUGCUGUGACGAGGCCGGGUAUUUUCAGGCCGGUACACGCAGUACCAGCGCCCCGCAUGUGCCAGGGGAAAGUG